UGGCAGUCUGUGGCUGAAUUCACUUUUUAAUGCCCUAUGCAUGCCAACUACGUCGCACUAAUCACUCCUCCCUCUUUAUAAACCCUCCCCUCCCACUUCACCAUUCUCAGACCCUUCUCUUUUCUCUUAUUUCCCAUGGCUGCCUCCGUCGAUCCUCUCGUCGUUGGACGUGUAAUCGGCGAUGUUCUCGACAUGUUUGUUCCCACCGCCACCAUGUCCGUCAACUACGGUUCCAAGCAUGUCACCAACGGCUGUGACAUUAAGCCUUCCAUGGCCAUCAACGCUCCUAAAGUCGCCAUCGAUGGUCUCCCUGAUCAGCUUUACACUUUGGUGAUGACUGACCCUGAUGCGCCGAGUCCCAGCGAGCCCAGCAUGCGUGAAUGGGUUCACUGGAUUGUUUCGGACAUUCCUGGAGGAACCAACCCCACUCGAGGGAAGGAACUGCUGGCUUACAUGGGGCCACGUCCACCGGUAGGCAUCCAUCGCUACAUACUGGUGCUGUUCCAGCAAAAGGGUCCGCUGGGUGCGGUGCAGCAACUGGCGUCUCGGGCUAACUUCAGCACUCGAUUCUUCGCUGACCACCUCAACCUGGGACUGCCAGUCUCUACUGUCUAUUUCAACGCCCAAAAGGAGCCCAUCAGCCGAAGGCGUAGAGCUGAAUCCUCUGUUAUAUAAACAUAAAACUGGUUUAAGAAGUUUGGUUAAAUGUUAAUUAUAGUUUUAUGUAAGGCAGUUUGCUCAAAUGUAAUAGUAGUACGUUUGAG